UCCUCACUCUUCACACACACUCACACCCACCCACGGCAGACACGCACGCACCCGGGCACCGGAGGAAAAGCUGCGUCUCGCCUUCCCGCCCGUCCUGUCUCCCUCCCUCAGCAGAGCGGGAAAGAGGAGGACCGAGCCGUGACCUCUGACCCGUGGUUAUGCGGAGCCGCCACAUUCCUUAGCGAUCGCGGGGCUGCCGCCGCCGCCGCCGUGGGCGACUGACGCAGCGCGGGCGCGUGGAGCCGCCGCCGCCCCUCCCCCACCGCCGCCCUCGCGCCGGGUCUCGCGCCAGCCGGUGCCCCAGCGCCCGCCCUCUCUCCCCGGCCGCACCCGAGUCCUCUCGAGUCGCCGCCGCCACGCGCCCCGCCGCCGCCGCCCGCCCCAGCCCCGCGUCGCCGCCGCCCCAGCCCGCCCCGCCCGGAGGUCCCGCGUGGAGCCGCCACCGCCGGGGAGGAGGAGGAUGAAGGACAAACAGAAGAGGAAGAAGGAGCGCACGUGGGCUGAGGCCGCGCGUCUGGUAUUAGAAAACUACUCGGAUGCUCCAAUGACACCAAAACAGAUUCUGCAGGUCAUAGAGGCAGAAGGACUAAAGGAAAUGAGAAGUGGUACAUCACCUCUUGCAUGCCUCAAUGCCAUGCUACAUUCCAAUUCAAGAGGAGGAGAGGGGCUGUUUUAUAAAUUGCCUGGUCGAAUAAGCCUUUUCACACUCAAGAAGGAUGCCCUGCAGUGGUCUCGCAAUCCAGCUGCGGUGGAAGGAGAGGAGCCAGAGGACUCAGCCGAUGUGGAGAGUUGUGGGUCUAAUGAAGCCAGCACUGUGAGUGGUGAAAAUGAUGUAUCUCCUGAUGAAACAUCUUCAAAUGCAUCCUGUUCUACAGAAUCUCAGAGUCGGCCUCUUUCUAAUCCCAGGGACAGUUACAGAGUUUCCUCGCAGGCGAAUAAGCAAAAGAAAAAGGCUGGGGUGAUGCUGCCUCGAGUUGUCUUGACUCCUCUGAAGGUAAACGGGGCCCACGUGGAAUCUGCAUCAGGGUUCUCAGGCCGCCACGCCGAUGGCGAGAGUGGCAGCCCAUCCAGCAGCAGCAGUGGCUCUCUGGCCCUGGGCAGCACUGCAAUUCGUGGCCAGGCUGAGGUCACCCGGGACCCUGCCCCGCUCCUGAGAGGCUUCCGGAAGCCAGCCACAGGUCAGAUGAAGCGCAACAGAGGGGAAGAGAUAGAUUUUGAGACGCCUGGGUCCAUUCUUGUUAAUACCAACCUCCGUGCCCUGAUAAACUCGCGGACCUUCCAUGCCCUGCCAUCACACUUUCAGCAGCAGCUUCUCUUCCUCCUACCUGAAGUGGACAGACAGGUGGGCACAGAUGGCCUGUUGCGUCUCAGUAGCAGUGCACUGAGUAAUGAGUUCUUCACUCAUGCGGCUCAGAGCUGGCGGGAACGCUUGGCUGAUGGUGAAUUCACCCAUGAGAUGCAAGUCAGAAUACGACAGGAAAUGGAGAAGGAAAAGAAGGUAGAACACUGGAAAGAAAAGUUCUUUGAAGACUACUAUGGACAGCGGUUGGGUUUGACUAAAGAAGAGUCGUUGCAGCAGAACACAGGCCAGGAGGAAACUGAAAUCAAGAGUAGCUUAUGUGUCCCAGGAGAAUCAACACGGCCACAGCGUGGUCCAGCCACCCGGCAGCGGGAUGGGCAUUUCAAGAAACGCUCUCGGCCAGAUCUCCGAACCAGAGCCAGAAGGAAUCUGUACAAAAAACAGGAGCCAGAACAAGCAAGGGUUACUAAGGAUACAAAAUCUGUGGCACCGGACAACUCCCUCUACAAGGAUGGGGAGGCAAAGGCCGAUUCAGCGGGGGUAAGCAGUCCCCACCUGCCAAGUGUAUCCUCCACAGCACCCGAACCAGAGGGUCCCGAAUUCCCUGUGGAACCUUUGGCUUCCCGGAUCCAGACCGAGCCAGACGACUUGGCAUGUGCCUCUGCGUCUCCAGACAGAAUUCCCAGCUUGCCUCAGGAGACCGUGGAUCAGGAGCCCAAGGAUCAAAAGAGGAAAUCCUUUGAGCAGGCGGCCUCUGCAUCCUUUCCCGAAAAGAAGCCCCGGCUGGAAGAUCGUCAGUCCUUUCGUAACACAAUUGAAAGUGUUCACACCGAAAAGCCACAGCCCACUAAAGAGGAGCCCAAAGUACCGCCCAUCCGGAUUCAACUUUCACGUAUCAAACCACCCUGGGUGGUUAAAGGUCAGCCCACUUACCAGAUAUGCCCCCGGAUCGUCCCCAUCAUGGACUCCUCCAGCCGGGGUCGGACUGGUGCCAGGACCCUUGCAGACAUUAAAGCCCGUGCUGUGCAGGCCCGAGCCCAGCGAGAAGCGGCCACCACUGCCAUCGGAGGGGGGGGUGGCCCGGGUGGAGGUGGCGGCGGGACCACCGAUGAGGGAGGUGGCAGAGGCAGCAGCAGUGGUGAUGGUGGUGAGGCCUAUGGCUACCCCGAGCCCAGGGGAGCCCCAAGUGCCCCUGGAGAUUGUGCGUCAGAUCUACAGCGAACACAACUACUGUCGCCUCAUCCUCUAAGUGGGGAGCAUGCUCAGGCUGGAACUGUCAUAUCUAGAGCCAGGAGGGAGGACCUGGCUUCUCUUAGAAAGGAGGAAAGCUGCUCACUACAGAGGGUUCCAGGUGUCCUCACAAGUGAGCUAGAAGAUGCCUCCCAACUCCCCAUUUCUCCCACUGGGGAACAACCUUGCCAGGCCUUGGCCCCACCGUCUUCCCAAACCCCAGUACCUGAGAGAUUAGCUGAACAGCCUAAGCUGCAUCUAGAUGUUAGAACUGAGUGUGGAUCUGGUACCACUUCCUGUGAAAGGGAUGAUGAAGCGCAAGGACCCACUCUUCCCACAGAGAACGAGCUUAUUCAGACUCUAGUGGGCGAUGUUUUGGCAGAAGAAGGAACUGUCCAGGCUCUAGACAGUAAUCCUAUUUUGAAGGACCCUGUAAAUGUGACCCCCAGUUCCACCCCGGAGUCCUCAUUGGCUGAUUGCCUGCAGGAUAGACCAUUCGAUGAUGAAUCACUACUCAGUGACUCAUGCCCACCCAUGAAUACUAGUGAUACUAGACAAGAAAACUUGAAAACCGAGGUUCUUGUUUCCAGUAGUGCAGUUCCCUGGAUGCCCAUCCUGUCAAAUGAGGAGUCAGUGAAACAUCCGGAACCAGACUCCAAAGAAAGUGUACCAUCUGUUGAGCUCCGGGUCAAAAACGAAUGGGAUAAAGCUGCUUCCCUUAUACCUGCAUUGCUUGGGGGGUUGACAACUGAGAAGAAUCUAGAUCUUUCUGCCAACCUUCCUCCUCUCUGUGCAGUGCCAUCUCGAGGAGGCAUUGACAGCACUGGCAGUGUCUGUGAAAAGGUUAGAAUCAAUGGUGACUCUGAAGCACUGAGUAUUCAUAGCGAGUCCACAGACACAGCCUCUGACCUGGAAGGCAACCUCACCGAGGACAGCAGUGAGGCAGAGGCUCAUGAAGCUCCAGUGAAGAAGAAAUGCUCAGUUGUGGACAACGAUGAGAAACACAAUAGGAACCAAUCAGAUUCACUUUCCAAGAUGAAUGGUGAUCUGAGUCUGGUUACCAGGACAGACAGGAUGGUUGUUCCUCAGAGUUGGGUGUCUAGCGUAUGUGCAAUCCCCCAAAAGAUCCCAGACUCUCUGCUAUUGGGCAGUCCUGAGUAUCAGCUGAGGCCCGUGUGCCUGACCAGGCCUGGGUCCUCCAUGGAGUCCACUAACCCGUUGGUGAUGCAGUUGCUGCAGGGUAACUUGCCCCCAGAGAAGGUUCUUCCUUCAGCCUAUGGUAGCAGCAAACCAGAAUACUCACAGCUGUCCCUAAAAAAAGGUCAGAGCCAUGGCAGCUUCUUGGGGAUGGGCUCUUUGCAUGAUCCUGGAGAAGACAGUCAAGCAAUUGGCAAAAAUAGCUCCAGUUCUUUAAGAGCUUUGAAGGAGCCUCUUCUGUGUGAAAACAGUGGUGGUCUUGCAAGGCUAGAGGUCAUCCAGGCUCCAGGAGUGCCCCAAAAGAUUUCCACAACAGUCCCAAGCUUUGACUCCCAACAGCCAGUGACAAAUUUGAUGACUUCCUCUGGGAAUCGAGAAGAAAUGGAUUCCAAAGAGCAGUUCUCUUCCUUCAGUUGUGAAGAUAAGAAGGAAACCCAUGACUUGUCCCAGUGCAGUAAUUCAAAUGCUGCUCCAGGCAAAAGUCCAGGAAUGCUCACUACCUCAAGAGCCCCUUGUUUCUCAGCUCCGAAUGUGAUCUCCUUUGGUCCAGAUCAAACAGGUCAGUCCCUGAGUGAUCAGAACAAUGUUGGAAGCCAAAGGAAGAAGCUCUUUGGUUCUAGGAAUGUGGCUGCAACCCUUCAGUGCCCCAGGCCUGUGGACCUGACUCCACUGCCUGCCGAUGUCCCUCCUGUUUUUCCCAGUAGGAAGUUGGGACCAAGCAAAAACUCUGUAUGUGGUGGGGAACAGACUGCAAGAGAGGACUGGGCUCCAGAGCCACCUCCUGCCUCCAUUGGUAGCAUCAAGAAUGAGAAGACUUUUGUAGGGGGCCCACUCAAGAUGAAUGCAGAGAACAGAAAAGCUGUUGGCCAGAGUACUCUGGAGCUUACAGAUCAUUUGCAAGGGAUGCCCUUUGUUAUGGACCUGCCAUUCUGGAAAUUACCCCGAGAGCCUGGAAAAGGGCUUAGUCAGCCUCUGGAGCCUUCUUCCCUCCCCUCCCAACUCAACAUCAAGCAGGCAUUUUAUGGGAAGCUUUCUAAACUCCAUUUGAGUUCUACCAGCUUUAAUUAUUCUUCCAGCUCUCCUGCCUUUUCCAAAGGUCUUGCUGGAAGUGUGGUGCAGCUGAGCCACAAAGCAAACUUUGGUGCGAGCCACAGUGCAUCACUCUCCUUGCAAAUGUUCACUGACAGCAGCACGGUGGAAAGCAUUUCACUCCAGUGUGUGUGCAGCCUGAAAGCCAUGAUCAUGUGCCAAGGCUGUGGUGCAUUCUGUCACGAUGACUGUAUUGGACCGUCAAAGCUCUGUGUAUUGUGCCUUGUGGUGAGAUAAUAAAUCAUGGCCAUGGGAAAAAAAAAAUGUAUAUUUAGUGUGUGUAUUUUGAUAAUGGUAAUGAUCUUAAAUCUGUAUACAGAAUAUCAUUAAUAUAAUAGACUCUGUUGCUCUAGGCAAGAGCACCCUUGCCUCCAUAAAAUUACAGUGCUCAAGUCUUUCUGUUACUUAUCAACCCCUCUGGUCUUGCUAGAGGGGUUUCUUAUGGGGAGACCAAUUGGGCUGCCCAAGACUGGCCAGCUCAAACUCGUAUGCAGAAGGUCAGACCCUGGUGUGGUGCAGGGAGCCCCAGGAAACUUGAAAGAGAAGCAAGAAGGUUGUGUUCUCCACCAAGGGACCUAAUCUACCUGAACUGAGUAAAAAUGUCAGUCUUCCACUGCCCCCUCCCUACCAUCUUUUCUUCUGCUACUUUGGGGCGUUGGAUGGUUGGGCAGAAGCCAGCACAGGGUUAAAGUAAUUCCCAGCAUUGCCCACCAGGGGGCUUGAGCAGCUGCUGGCCUUAGGGUCACAGUUCAGUCAUUUGCCAGCUGUCAGAGCCAGUGUGACCUUUGGUUCUGCUGCUGAAGCAAAUUUGGAACUUUCCUGACUCAGAAUGAUCCACUGACCCACACGAUCUCUUGGAAUCUCAAAUAGAUAUACUUGGACAAUGGGAUCAGGGGAAUAGGGUUGUUUUUCCUAUUAAAAUGCCAUCUGUAGACCUUGUAAAUUAGGUGUCCAGAAGUUUGGUGUGGGUGAAUUCCUCCACUUGACACCCUUGUCACUUUGGACUCCAUGGGACUGGGCAUCUCCACGCACCUGUGUAUGUGAAAAUCAUUUUACAUUUCAAAGCAGUGUGUGUUUCUUAUUUUUAUAUUUUUAACUCUUUAUUGGAUGUAUAAAGUGAACUUUUUGGCUUCUGUAAGUAUGCUCUAUGCACCUCUGUUUUAUCAUGUAUUUAUAUGUUGUACACAAUACUGGCCGAUUCUGUAAAUGGCUAUAUUGUAUAGAGAACAUGGACGUCUCUUCCUUAUUUUACAUCUUCAAGCAUCAUUGCAUUAAAGUGGUGUGAUUUACUUAUCUACACCUGUUGUCAGAGCCACUGAGUGCUGUGCUGCCUGAUGUGAGGAUGGAAUGACUGAUUCUGAUCUGCCGGUUUGUCCUGGCUCACCAGCACUGUCACUGGGUCGACCUGCCCCAGCCUCCAUAGCUAGGGUCAACCACCUGCACUCUACUGAGUAAAUUCAUUUUGCUCCUCACAUCCCUUCUUUUCUACUCUCCCAACCUUAAAUGGCUGCUUACUGCCAUUUGUGACAAAUCUCCACCACUAGUGUUAAGUGCUUUGGGAUUCAUGGGUGAGUUCUUUGGGAAGACCCCAAAAAUGUGGGUCUUCCAGAUGUGGCUCCAGGGUUGCUGUCUCCCAGCAAUACCUGGGACCAUGCUCUCUUGGGGUCACGGGGCUCUUUUUGACUUAACUUCAGACAGCAGGUUUUGGAAAGGAACAAAGCAAUUCCUGUCUGCCCUUCUCCUUCCCAACACAUUUCUAGCAAAUAGAUGCCCUGGUAUUUGUCUUUCCUCACCCUGCUUCCUGCCUUAUUUCUUGUAUCUCGGCUUGUUGCAGAGUUGACAGUACUUGCUUAAUGUAGGUCUUCCCGUGUGAGUGCUUCUGUAUGAAGUAUAAAAUUUGUAUGACUUCAGCAAGUCUCAUUUCAUCUGAAAGUUUUUUUUUUUUUCUUCCACAUGGCAAUUUUGUCAUAUGAAGAAUGAGUGAGAAGUUGGCAAUGAUGUGGUAGUUUAAAUCCAAGAUGUCAGCUUCAGAAGUCUGUUUACCAAAGACAUGGAGCAGAGGCCCAAGCCUGUUUUAUCCUCUUCUUCCUUCUGUUGUGACCUAAGGAGCCAUGCUAGGGUACAGUUUGAAACUGGUCUGGUCCAUGGGGCUACCCAGAGAAAGCACUGCUGUUUUAUGUCUCUUGUAUUGGAAAAAUAAACCUGUACAACCUGCA